UGGCCUCCUGGAGUGCAAAGUGGGCUCCAGCCGCCCGCCGGUUGUUUGGGCUUCCCGCGAUGUCGGUGGCCUUCGUGCCGGACUGGAUGCGAGGCAAGGCGGAAGUCAACCAGGAGACUAUCCAGCGGCUCCUGGAAGAAAACGACCAACUGAUCCGCUGCAUUGUCGAGUAUCAGAACAAGGGGAGGGCGAGUGAAUGCAUCCAGUAUCAGCAUGUGUUACAUAGAAAUCUAAUUUAUUUGGCUACCAUCGCAGAUGCCAGCCCAGCCGGCACAACUAAAGCAAUGGAAUAAUGUUCCAGUUGACUAGCUGUGAAGAAUCAUGGAAUGUAAUCCAGUUCUACGAAGGAGAGAGAGGAUCUUUACUAAUCAGCUGCUUCAGAUACACAUGGAAGCUCUGUGACUCUUUUUCAAAAUGUGAAGAAAGUUAUGUAUUCUCAACAAAAAUAUUUAUUUUAACAAUUAAGCAUAUUACCUCCCUAA